AUGCAGCCUCAAUAUCGCGCUUAUGCGCAGCAGGUUCCGCAGAGAUCGCCUCAUGCGACGAAUCAGCGGCGAGGUGGAAUUGGCCCCAUGAUGUCGUCAGGGCCUCACCCUUCGGUUCCCCUGACUCAGGCCCAGAUCGCCCAGCAGCAACAGGCUCAGGCGCACGCCAGCGAACUUGCCAAGCGACGGAGCCGCAAGCCUACUGACAAGAACAUGCCUGAGGGUGUGGAAGACAGCAUUAUCGACCCGACCGGAGUCCAGCGGUACAAGGAACUGAGAGAUGUUGAGCGCCGACUCGAUGCUACGAUUACGCGCAAGCGCCUGGAUAUUGUUGACUACACUAGCCGCGGCUCCAAGCGAUGCAAGACCCUUCGAGUUUGGAUCAGCAACACGGUCGAGGAUCAAAUCUGGCAGAGCAACGGGCUAAAUGUCGAUUCUUUCGACUUUACUCCCAACAUGGAGGCAUCUUACCGGGUCAAGAUCGAAGGCCGCCUUCUCGACGAUGAAACCACCGAGGACGGCCAGGCUGAGGCCGAGGGCGACACAUCUGCAGAGGACAAGACGGAACAGGAAGGUGCUGAUUCGGCGGCCCAGAAGGCCAAGUCUCAGCAGAAGCCUCGAUUCUCGCACUUCUUCAAGUCCCUGACUGUCGAUUUCGACCGUUCCCAGUUCCGAAACGGCGCCGAGCAAACAGUCGAGUGGAAGAAGCCCGAUGCUCCACCUCGGAACCAGCCGGCUGCCAGCCUUCCUGCAGCUGCCGACUUUGACGAGCUCACUUUCAAGAGGAACGGGGACGAGAACAUGAACAUUACCAUCAACCUGUUCCGCCAGGAGACACCCGAGAGAUACCAGCUCAGCCCCGAGCUUGCGGAAGUUGUCGACAUGAAGGAGGCUACCCAGCAAGAAGCUGUGAUGGGCCUGUGGGAGUACAUCAAGCUUCUUGGACUGCAGGAGGACGAGGAGAAGAGGAACUUCCGGUGUGACGAACCUCUGAAGAAGAUUGUGAGACAAGGCGAUAUCGGACAUAUUCCGAUGCUUAAUGACUAUGUUACACAGCAUCUUCGUCCUCUCGAACCUAUCCGGCUCCCCUACACCAUCCGGGUCGACCAAGAUUUCCACAAAGAUCCCCAGCCCACCAUCUAUGAUAUUCAGGUUCCCGUAGAAGAUCCUCUACGAGAUUCGCUGCUGCCCCUGCUCAACAACCCUCAGUAUGUGACAAUGCUGAAGGAGGUGACCGGACUCGACGACCAGCUUGCUCGGGUAGUCCAGGCCGUUGCCGUUUCCAAGGCCAAGCACACCUUCUUCCAGUCCCUCAGCGAAGACCCCGCCAACUUUGUCAAGAACUGGCUCAGCUCACAGAAGAGAGACCUCGAGGUCAUCAUGGGAGAGGCACCAAGAGGCGGCGGCGAACAUGCCUCGGGCGAUGAGUGGCGAAAGGGUGGCAAGGACAGUGUCUGGGCUACCCAGAACGCCCGAGAAAGUGUCAACGUCCUGCUCUCCAAGCAGCGCUGA